CCCCAUCGGGCAAAAUUAAUUAUGGCAUCAUCGGUACAGACUUCCUUAAAGGAUAGGUCUAUGAUAAUUGUUGUGUGAAUUACUUCACCAUCUGAGGUAAUUCAUAACGGAACAAUGGGUCAUGGGGUUAGGUAAUGGUAUACACUUAGCUGUAAAUAAUAGUAUCCUCACCAUCUGAGUCACUAUUAUUAUUUAUAGGACCGAAGCUAUAUUGGCUAUUUAAUUUUGCUUGGCACGGUAUAGUGUCUAGAUAAUAAAAUUAAAAGGUUGUGCCUAUCUACACGAAUGAUAAAGAGUAGAGACUUCCCAUUGAGGCAUGCUCUUCACGGUGUGUAGGGUUGCCAAUGUUUUUCUUUUAACAUAUGGUAGAGGGAACCAAUAUUAAAAUGAAAUUCAAAAUUUUUAUUGCCCUUCAUAAUUGAUUGUUAUGUUAUUUGAUUCUCAGAUUCAAAAAUGGGCUCUUUCAAUCCACUUGCCAUUAUUCUCAAAGAAAAUAAACUUAUUGGACCAAACUAUGUUGACUGGAAAAGAAACUUGAAUAUUGUGUUAACUGCCGAGGGCCACAAAUAUGUGCUAUCUACGGCGUGCCCUCCUAUACCUGAAGAAAAUGCCAUAGAACAGGAAGCAAAGCCUUAUAAAGAUUGGGUUAAGGCUGACGAGAUGGCGCGGUGUUAUAUUUUGGCUUCUAUGUCGAAUAUAUUGCAACAUCAGCAUCAAGCUAUGGAAAUUGCUUCUGAUAUGAUGCUGAACCUCAAAGAAAUGUUUGGGGAUCAGAAUCGGGCAGCAAGGCUAGUUGCUAUGAAAGAAUUGGUGAGCAUCACCCAUGUUGAAGGGACCCCGAUUAGGGAUCAUGUUCUAAAGAUGAUAGCUCUUCUUAAUGAACUAGAGAUCCUUGGAGCUAAAAUUGAUGGGGAAACCCAAAUCGAUUUCGUUCUUAACUCACUGCAGUCUGAGAGUUUUAAGCAGUUUCGCCUAACUUAUUCUAUGAACAAAAUGCAUUUAUCUUUGGCGGAACUUCUUAAGGAACUCCAAGCAGCUGAGGGUCUUUUGGUUGGGAAGAAACCACCAUCAGUGCUAGUGGCAGAGAAGGCUUCUACUUCUAAGCCGAAAGGCAAGAAGAAGCAGAAUAAGUCUUAGAAAAAGGUUGUGGAGGCAGUUCAUGCGCCUCAAGGUGGAGUGAAAAAGCCUACGGGCAAGUGUUUUCACUGCAAGCAGAAAGGACACUGGAAGAAGGAAUGUCCGAUUUUUCUCAAUAAAGUGAACAAACAAGGGGUUCCAGGAAACCAGAAGACUCAGUGAUGGGGAGAUUUAUCUACAUAUGGGAAAUGCUAUGAGAGUGGCAGCAGUUGCAGUAAGAAAUGUUUUUUUAAAUUUUAGUAGUAAUAGGAGUUUAAUUUUGAGAGA